CUUGGUCCAGGCAAUUUUCAGCCAGAAUGAAGAAAUGGUGAAAUUUUUAUUGCAACAAAAGGAAGAAGUCAAUGAAUCGGAUGAAGAGCAGCGCAGUGCCCUGCAUGCUGCCGCCUGUGUAGGGGAUGUUCAUAUCAUGGACCUUCUCAUUGCCUCAGGUGCGAAUGUGAACGCUAAAGAUCAGGAGUGGCUGACUCCCAUUCACCGGGCAGCUGCCUCACACAAUGAAAGAGCUGUUUGGCUGCUAGUGAAGAAGGGGGCAGCAGUGAACGCUCAGGAUAGUAUCAGGCAGACGCCGCUACAAGUGGCUGCAGCUAACAAUGCAAUAGAUUGUGUUGAGGUUCUGCUUCCUCAUCUAAACGAUGUAAAUGUAGCCGAUUGUUUUGGUAGAACAGCUCUACAUCACGCAGCCCACAGUGGACACACAGAGACAGUGACCCUGCUCCUAAAUAACAGGGUCAACCUGAAUGCCAGAGACAUCAAGGAAAGACAGCCUAUCCAUUUGGCAGCUCAUCUAGGGCAUAUGGAGGUUGUGAAGCUUUUACUAUCAUGCAGUGCUGAUGUAUCAUGCAGGGAUAAGCAGGGAUUUACUCCACUGCAUGUUGCUGCUCUUAGUGGACACAUCGAAGUGGUCAAGUGCCUGUUAAGACAUGGAGCAGAGAUUGAUGAAGCGGAUAUCUUUGGGAACACGGCUCUUCACAUGGUUUGUUACACCUGUCAACGGAGAGUAGCCAGUGAGCUGAUUUACUGCGGUGCCAGGGUUAACCAGACAAAUGUGCAUGGUUUCACACCAUUGCACCUGUCUGCCAUCGCUACUGAUGGAGCUGAGUGUUUGGAGCUGCUGCUUGAUAAUGGGGCAGACAUCAAUGUGCAGGAUAAAGAAGGGAAGAGCCCUUUGCACAUGGCUGCUAUUCGUGGAUGCUGCACCCGUUCAGAAAUACUUAUUCAAAAUGGUGCAGAUGUGGAAUGCUCCGAUAAAUAUGGCAAUACUCCUCUUCACACUGCUGCUAAACAUGGUCAUGAGCUGCUCAUAAGCACACUUAUAAAGAGUGGCGCAAACAUAGCCAGACAACGCAUUAAUAAGAUGUAUCCACAGCACUUGGCUUUACUUCACGGCUUUUCUGGCUGUUGCCAAAAGUUACUAUCAUCAGGGCUUGACAUAAACACGCAGGACAGCCUGGGAAGGACGUGUUUGCAUAUAGCUGCUUUAGGGGGAAAUGUUGAAUGUCUUAAAUUGCUGUUGAGCUGUGGUGCUGAUAUGAAUAAAAAGGACAUAUUUGGAAGGUCUCCUAUACACUAUACAUCAAUGAAUGGCCUGUAUCUAUGUACAGUAGCUCUUGUAAAAGCCGGCGCUGAUGUUAAUGAACUGGAUAUAAAUGGAUGCAGUUCACUGCAUUGUGUGGCUGCUGCCAAAACUUCACACAGAGUUGAGCAUAUCUGUCCUGACCAACAAUGCAGCAAUGAUUGUGAUGAGGAGACUCUAUGGUGUUUAAAGCUUCUGUUGAAUUAUGGUGCUGAUCCAGCCUUGCUUGACAGUAAAGGAUUCAGUCCAGUACACUAUGCAGCUGCUCACGGCAAGAAACACAAUCUCAAACUGCUCUUAGAAUUGUCUUUCAAGUGUGUGGAGGAUGUGAAGAGUUCUGUUCCCAUAAGCCCUUUACACUUAGCUGCUUACAAUGGUCACAGUGAAGCCCUUCAGGUGCUGUUAGAGACAAUGGUUCAUGUAGAUGUGCAGGAUUCUGGAGGUCGUACAGCACUGUAUCUGGCAUCUCUAAAGGGUCACUGCCGCUGUGUGGAGGUACUGCUGCUUCAUGAGGCCUCAUGCAGUAUCAGGGAGGACAACUAUAGGUGGACGCCACUACAUAUUGCUGCUGCAAAAGGUCAAGCUGACUGCCUGCUCAUGCUGCUGAAACUAGCUGAAAAGACUGAUGUCAUCAAUCUCAAGGACAAACAGGGACGGACUCCAUUGAUGCUGGCUACAUGGGACAGUAAUACUGACUGUGUUAACAUGCUACUUGAGAGAGGAAGCAACCCAGACACUGGUGAGAGAAGAAAUCACACUGCACUUCACUAUGCAGCAGUAGUUGGUGGUGAACAGUGUGUUUCAGCGCUGCUGGUUCAUGGAGCCUUCAUUCUGUGCAGAGAUUUUCAUGGCAGGAGCCCUCUGCACUUGGCGGCCUCUUGUGGUCAUGCAAGAAUACUGCUACUCUUACUGGAGGCAGCAGCUCUCUCUGACCCUCUUGACUCUCUGUUAGACUACAGUGGAUACACACCUGCUCACUGGGCAGCUUACCACGGACACAAGGACUGUUUGGAAGUUGUACUUGAAUAUAAAGCAUCAAGCAUCCUGGAAGGAAAUCCCUUUACACCGUUACACUGCGCAUUAAUAAAUGGUCAUGAUGGUGCAGCUGAACUGCUGGUGGAAACGAUGGGAACACAGAUUCUGAAGCUAAGAGAUUCCAAAGGAAGGACUCCACUGCAUGCAGCAGCUCAUGCAGGAGGUGUUGCAGCGCCGCAGUUUGCAUUGAACUGCGGCGCAGAUGUAAACUCAGUUGAUCACGCAGGACGCUCUGCAUUAAUGGUGGCUGCUAAAAAUGGGCAUACUUCUGCUGUUGAUGUGUUGCUUCAUCAGGCCAGAGUGGACUUGUCGGUGCUGGACAUGAACAGGAACACAGCCCUGCAUCUCGCCUGUAGAGGAGGUCAUGAAAUGUGUGCUCUUCUCCUCCUGGCUGAUAUAGACGGCCCCUCGCUUAUCAACACAGCCAACAGUGCACUACAAACGCCGCUGCAUAUAGCAGCAAGAAAUGGUCUCGUCACUGUGGUUGAGGUGCUGCUAACACGAGGUGCAACAGUUCUGGCAAAAGAUGAGGAUGGUUGUACACCAGCUUUGGCAUGUGCUCCAAAUAAAGAUGUGGCAGACUGCCUGGCUCUCAUCGUUUCUACCAUGAAGUUUUCUUUUCAGCCAAGCUCUAUGCUGACCAGCUUCAGUCUGAUGAAGUUCUGUGGCAUUGUCACAUCCUUUGUCCACCAGAAACCUGUGUGUGCUGGAUUUUUAGAGAAACUGCAUGUUUCACUGGGUGAUAGUUACAGUUCAUACAGAACCAUAAUAUAUAAUAUAUGAUCAUAUCCAAUGGUC